AUGCGCUACAAUCCAAUUCGAUCCCUCGGCGCUCAUCCGUGUCGCCCCCUUCCAAACGCGGGUCAAAAUCCUCGCAUCAUCGAACCCCUUUAUCUCCGCAAUACCUCCCCUACAGUUUCCGCCAGAUUGCAUAAAUGGUGGGUUAAGAAAACCAAAGCUGAGAGAAUCAGUUUGGCAAAGAAGAUUCCGGUUGCUUUUGCAGUUGUGGAUUUGAUCGCUGUGGUUGUGGAUGCUAAGAUUAGAGAUGUCUUGUUGAGAAGAGGUGGAGCGGAAGGGAAAAGGGGGUAA